AUGGGUUGCAAUUUGUGCAGUUUUCAGAAGAGGGAGGAACACUACAAACUGCUGUAUGAAGUUUCUCAGGUUAAUGGAAGAGAUCUCUCCAAAGCUACUCAUGAGGAAGCAGUGGAGGCUUUUCGUAAUGCGAAGGAACCCAUUGUAGUCCAAGUUCUACGGAGAGCACCACUCAUUAAAGCACAUGGGAGUUCACAGGAUGUUCAGCUCAUGGAUGCUAGUACACAGACAGAUAUUACCUUUGAGCAUAUUAUGGCUCUGGCCAAGCUAAGGCCAACCACACCUCCAGUACCAGACAUAUGUCCUUUUCUGCUUUCGGACAGCUGCCAUUCUCUUCAACCAGUGGAGCAUGAAUUUUAUGAAGGUAAUGAGUAUCUUUCCAGCCUGCCCACUGAUGCAGACAGAACAGAGGACUUUGAGUGUGAGGAGGUUGAACUCUGUCGUGUUAGCAGCCAAGAAAAACUGGGGUUGACUGUCUGUUACCGCACAGAUGAUGAGGAAGAUGCAGGAAUCUAUAUCAGUGAGAUUGAUCCAAACAGUAUUGCUGCCCGAGAUGGACGGAUCCGCGAAGGAGAUCGGAUUUUACAGAUAAACGGCCAAGAUGUCCAGAACAGGGAGGAGGCAGUAGCAUUGCUCUCCAGUGACGAAUGCAAGAAAAUUGUGUUGCUGGUAGCAAGACCCGAGAUGCAGCUGGAAGAAGGAUGGCUGGAUGAUGAAAGGAAUGAAUUCUUAGAGGAGUUAAACUUAGAAAUGUUGGAAGAGCAGCAUAAUGAAGCAGUGCAGUACACAGGCAAUGAAGUGGAGCAGCGAAAGAAACAUGAGGAAGAAGAUGGCACCACAGACACUGCUACCUCAUCAUCCAAUAACAAUGAAAAAGACAGUGGAGUGGGACCCACUGAUGAGAGUCAGCGCAAUGACGAAAGCUCAGAACAAGAGAAUGUUCCAGAAGAGCAGAAUACCACAACCCUCCAGAGCCAACAGGAGCUUGGAAAGAGUCAGGACACUUUGGGAAGCAUCGAACUCCAGUGCAAAGAGAGCCUAGUGUCUGGUGAAUACAUCGAAUCGGAUAGUGUUACAGGUAACCAGAAUGAGGACUGUGAAAGGUUUCGCCAACUGCUGGAGCUUAAGUGCAAGAUCAGAAAUCAUGGAGAGUAUGACUUGUAUUACUCAAGUAGUACAAUAGAGUGUAACAGAAGACAAAAAGAUGGGGUUGAGCAUGAAUUGCAGUUGCUUAACGAGGAACUAAGGAACAUUGAGCUGGAGUGUCAGAACAUUAUGCAAGCUCACAGGCUUCAAAAAGUAAAAGAUCAAUAUGGGGACAUUUGGUCAUUGCACAGUGGUACAUUCAGGAAUUUUAAUACCAGCAUAGACCUUCAAGGAGGAAAACUGGAUGACAUUAUAGAGCACCCAGAAAAAUCCGACAAAGACACUUCCAGUGCUUACAAUACAGCAGAGAGCUGCAGAAGCACUCCACUAAAUGUAGAUCGAUCUCCUGAUAGCUCUCUCCAGAGAAUGAUCAGCAUUACCAACAGGAAAAAUCUGAGGAGUACCAUUGUGGCUAACCAGUUUUCUUCAAGACAGAAUAGCAGGGAUACAACCCCAAACAAAACCAAAGCUACUGAGCAAAACAGUUCUCUCGAAGAAAAGGAAACAGUUUCAGAAAGUAGCAAAUCAACAGAGCAAGAAAGGCAAAGCCCUGAGCAUAUUCCUUAUCUGUCCCCAUACCAUAGCUCUUCAUACAGGUAUGGGAACAUACCCACACAUGCUAAGCAUUAUCAAAGCUAUAUGCAGCUGAUCCAACAAAAAUCUGCAGUGGAGUAUGCCCAGAGCCAGCUUAGUUUAGUGAAUAUGUGCAAAGAUUCACAGAAGUGUACAGAGCCCAAGAUGGAAUGGAAAGUGAAAAUAAGGAGUGAUGGGACAAGGUAUAUUACAAAAAGACCAGUAAGAGAUAGAAUCCUUAAGGAACGUGCCUUAAAGAUUAAAGAGGAACGUAGUGGGAUGACGACAGAUGAUGAUACAAUGAGUGAAAUGAAGAUGGGUCGUUACUGGAGCAAAGAGGAACGGAAGCAGCACCUAGUGCGAGCCAAGGAGCAGAGACGACGUCGGGAAUUCAUGAUGCGUAGCAGGUUAGAGUGUCUUAAGGAGAGCCCUCAAAGUGGCAGUGAGGGCAAAAAGGAAAUUAAUAUUAUUGAACUCAGUCACAAAAAGAUGAUGAAAAAGAGGAAUAAGAAGAUAUUGGACAACUGGAUGACCAUCCAGGAACUUAUGACACAUGGUGCUAAAUCUCCAGAUGACACAAGAGUGCACAAUGCUUUUUUAUCAGUUACUACUGUAUGA